AUGGGAGUGGCCGGAGGAGUGGUAAGAACGGUGGUCAUGUUAUGGUCAUGUCCCGCAGACCCCUUCGGUUCGUGUCCUGCUGGCAAUCCGACGACUGAAGGCAUCAUGGCACGUCUGACCAGCUUGAUUUUGGUGGUUGCUUGCGCUUUGCUUGGCAGCCACUUUUCAGCGUGGCUCUUUGCCAAUGCGCCAUCCCAAAGCCUUCGUAGUCAAGGUGCCACACGCAGAGCAGUGGACGAGCGCGAUGAGGGAUUGGUUCUCAUCAAGCCUGAGGAGUCUGGAAAGGUGGUGAAGAGGGACAAGUUCAACAACCCUCCUCGAAUUGUCAUGAAGACCAACGACUGGGAUCAGCCAGAGAUCCAGCUCAGCACUGGCGCCAGCAACCAGAUCAACUACAUCACGCCUGUGGUCCAGUCUGAUGACAUCAAAGCAUGGUUGUCCUUGAAUGUGAACUUCUUCGCCAUCAUCGGGCUCACCACUGUGGGUGGUCUCAUCGAAAUCCAGCGCUUCUUCCCGGACACCCUCUACUGGUGA